ACCUCGAAGUGAACUCCAUUGACGACGAGUGAAGCAAAGGGAGGGAAGAAAAAAGUUAGGUUCGAAACGAAAACAAGUGAGUUAGGUGAAAAAGUGAAAACCACCAUAUCAAUGGCUCCUGCUCUUGCCGUUACCCGAGAUCUCACCGCCGCCGGAUCUCUGGAGAAUGCUCCGGCGAAAGGACGUGCUUCGGUUUACAGUGAAGUUCAAUCAAGCCGUAUUAACAACGCUCUUCCUUUGCCUUCUGUUCUUAAAGGAGCUUUCAAAAUCGUCGAAGGUCCUGCUAGUUCCGCCGCCGGGAAUCCAGAUGAGAUAGCGAAGUUGUUUCCGGGUCUAUAUGGCCAGCCAUCUGUCGCAGUGGUUCCAGAUCAGAAUGCAUCUUUAUCGGCACAGAAAUUGAAGAUUGGUGUUGUUUUGUCUGGAGGUCAGGCACCUGGUGGACACAAUGUUAUUUCUGGACUGUUUGAUUACCUGCAAGAGCGUGCGAAAGGUAGCACGUUUUACGGGUUCAAGGGUGGUCCAGCUGGUAUCAUGAAAUGCAAAUAUGUUGAAUUGAAUGCUGAAUAUAUUCAUCCUUACAGAAACCAGGGUGGUUUUGACAUGAUCUGCAGUGGAAGAGACAAGAUUGAAACACCUGACCAGUUUAAACAAGCUGAAGAAACUGCAAAGAAGCUAGAUUUGGAUGGAUUGGUGGUUAUCGGUGGAGAUGACUCCAACACCAAUGCUUGCCUUCUUGCUGAAAACUUCAGGAGUAAGAACUUGAAAACCCGAGUCAUUGGGUGCCCCAAGACCAUUGAUGGUGAUUUGAAAUGCAAAGAGGUUCCCACUAGUUUUGGGUUUGAUACAGCUUGCAAGAUUUACUCUGAAAUGAUUGGAAAUGUCAUGAUUGAUGCAAGGUCAACUGGAAAGUACUAUCAUUUUGUACGUCUUAUGGGUCGUGCUGCUUCCCACAUUACGCUUGAGUGUGCUUUACAAACUCACCCAAACAUAACAAUUAUUGGAGAAGAGGUUUCUGCCCAGAAGCAGACUUUGAUGAAUGUCACAGACUACAUGGUGGAUGUUAUCUGCACACGUGCUGAACUUGGUUACAACUACGGUGUCAUACUGAUUCCCGAAGGUCUGAUCGACUUUAUUCCUGAGGUCCAAGAGCUGAUUGCAGAACUGAAUGAAAUUCUGGCAAAUGAGGUUGUCGAUGAAAAUGGGCUGUGGAAGAAGAAGCUCACCGAGCAAUCCCUGAAGCUGUUUGAUCUUCUGCCUGAAGCAAUUCAGGAACAGCUGAUGCUUGAGAGAGACCCACACGGAAAUGUCCAGGUGGCUAAGAUUGAGACUGAGAAGAUGCUUAUUCAAAUGGUUGAAACUGAAUUGGAGAAAAGAAAGCAAGCUGGUGCAUACAAGGGACAAUUCAUGGGACAAUCUCAUUUCUUUGGGUAUGAAGGAAGAUGCGGCUUGCCCACAAAUUUUGAUGCCACAUACUGUUAUGCACUCGGCUAUGGCGCUGGAGUACUCCUCAACAGUGGGAAGACUGGACUAAUUUCUUCGGUCGGGAACUUGGCUGCUCCUGUGGAAGAAUGGACUGUAGGUGGGACUGCUCUCACAGCCUUGAUGGAUGUCGAGAGGAGACACGGUAAGUUCAAGCCUGUGAUCAAGAAAGCAAUGGUGGAACUUGAAGGUGCACCAUUUAAGAAAUUCGCAUCACUGCGUGAGGAAUGGGCAUUGCAGAACCGAUACAUCAGCCCAGGUCCGAUCCAAUUCAGUGGACCUGGUUCAGACGCUCUCAGCCACACUCUACUUCUUGAACUCGGGGCUGAAUAGUCUCUCGACUAACCACCAUUACUUUGCUUUUCUGCCUUCCUUGGAAUUUCGCAUUCAGUCUUGUUUUAUCUUGAAUGAUACGUCUCCGUAACAUUUCGAUUAAGUUUAUUUCUCUCGUGUUUCUUCAACAUAUAAGAUAAUUAUACGACUUGGUCUAAACUUAAUACAAAGAUCUAAAGUCG